CAAAGUGAUGAGCUCCAGCAAAACCCAGAGAAGUUUGAGGAAGUAUCCUAGAAACGCACGUCAGUCAUUAGUCGCCCCUCUUUCCAUCCCCAUUAAAGCUAACAAAAAUCAUUUUUCUAAUUAAAGGCUGCUUCUCUUUGUCGUCUCUGCCUCUUUUCACUCUGUUGCUUUGCUCCAUCCAAGCAUGGACUUCUGAGUGAAAGAAAGCUUAUUAUUUCCUUUUACUCUUACCGCACCAAACACAACCAUUCCUUAUUUGCCUCAUUACCUUUCCUUCCCUUUUUUCUUUCUUCAUCAUGCUUUGUUUCUUAUAAUCCCUAUCCCUUUCCCCUCAUAUUCCUUGAUUCAUUGAUUCCCGCUUCUCCUUCUAACUAAUUCCUAUUUACCAUGGCUGCCCUUCUUCUCACACUCUCCUCUGUUUUUCUCUUCCUUCUCGUUCCUGUGUUUUCUCAGGUUGACGAGGUUUUCUUCCCCGGAUUUAAGGGUGCCGGAACCAACAUAACACUGAACGGUAUAGCAGAAAUCGAGAAAAACGGAAUCUUGCAAUUGACGAACCAGACGAGUAGACUAAAGGGUCAUGCUUUUUAUUCGUCUCCAUUCCGGUUCAAGAACUCGUCUUCUGGUAAAGCCUUCUCCUUCUCUGCUUCUUUUGCUCUCGUCACUGUCCCUGUGUUCUUCAAGCUCGGUGGCCAUGGCUUGGCUUUUACUAUAGCAACUUCCAAAAAUCUCAACGGCUUACCCAGUCAGUAUCUUGGCCUUCUUAAUAACUCCGAUGGCGGAAAUUUCUCCAACCGUUUCUUCGCCGUCGAGUUCGACACCGUCCAGGACUUCGAAUUCCACGACAGGAACGACAACCAUGUUGGAAUAGACUUAAACAGCUUAGUCUCCAACGCAUCUGAGACUGCAGCGUAUUACCCCGAUGAUUCAGGUGUAAAGAAGCGAGAUCUCAAUCUCUCCGGUGGGACGCCGAUUAUGGCUUGGGUGGAUUACGAUUCGGCUGCAAAUCUCGUGAGUGUUACUCUCUCUCCUUCUUCUACAAAACCCAGAAAGCCACUGUUGACGUUUCCUGUAGAUCUCUCGCCGAUUUUUGAAGAUUAUAUGUAUGUUGGAUUCUCUGCUUCCACGGGUCUUCUUGCUAGCUCCCAUUACAUCUUGGGUUGGAGCUUCAAAAUCAAUGGUCCAGCACGAGCUCUCGAUCUCUCUUCUCUCCCACAUCUUCCAGGUCCGAAGAAGCAGCCGACGAAGCUCAUCAUCGGCGUAACAGUGCCAGUCAUACUGAUUACGUUAUCGGCGAUAGUCCUCGGUAUUUAUUUGUUUAGGAAAAUAAAAAACGCCGACAUAAUAGAAGCGUGGGAGCUAGAAAUCGGACCCCAUCGAUAUUCCUACCAAGAGCUCAAGAAAGCGACAAGAGGUUUCAAGGAUAAGGAGCUCCUCGGACAAGGUGGGUUUGGUCGAGUGUACAAAGGAAUACUCCCGAGUUCGAAAACCGAGGUCGCAGUCAAACGAGUUUCCCACGACUCCAAACAGGGCCUCAGGGAGUUCGUCUCUGAAAUCGCCAGCAUUGGGCGGCUCCGUCACCGGAAUCUCGUUCAGCUUCUGGGUUGGUGUCGCCGGGGAGGCGACCUCCUCCUCGUAUAUGAUUACAUGGCUAAUGGGAGCUUGGACAAGUACCUAUUCGACCGGCGAGAAACUGUUCUCACCUGGGAACAAAGGUUCAACAUCAUAAAAGGCGUCGCCUCAGCCCUCCUAUAUCUCCACGAAGGAUAUGAACAAGUCGUCCUUCACAGAGACGUCAAAGCAAGCAACGUCUUACUAGACGAUGAACUCAACGGAAGAUUAGGAGAUUUCGGUUUGGCUAGAUUAUACGAACACGGGGCCAACCCGAGCACGACCAGAGUGGUGGGUACAUUAGGCUAUCUGGCUCCUGAAUUACCUCGAACUGGUAGAGCCACAACGAGCUCCGAUGUGUUUGCUUUCGGUGCUCUCAUGCUCGAAGUGGUUUGCGGAAGAAGACCUAUUGAACCGAAGGCUUUGCCAGAAGAGUUAAUUCUAGUGGAUUGGGUAUGGGACAAGUACAAAGAAGGGAGGUUGCUGGACGCUGUGGAUCCAAAGCUGAACGGGGAAUAUGAUGAAGCAGAAGUAGUGACGGUGUUGAAACUGGGUUUGAUUUGUUCGAAUGAUGUUCCUGAGGGCAGGCCCAGAAUGAAACAAUUGGUGAUGUAUUUGGAAGGAGAAGUGGAAUUGCCAGAGAGUUUGAGAAAACCAGGAGGAGGGAAUCGAAACCGGGAAGGGUUUGAUGAGUUCUUAUUCAAUUCGUUUGCAUCUUCUUCGUUUGGGAAGAUGAGUGCUAGUUCUUAUACUGAGCAUAGAGACACAGAUGGUACUCAUUUUGCUUCUUUUAACACUAAUUCACCUCUUUCUCUCCUCCAUGCCAGAGGAGAAACAAGGUGAUGAUGAUUGAUGAUUGAUGAGGGUCUUGUACUGGGAUUUCUGGUUUCUUUUUUUUCCAAUUUGAAUUCGUUUGCUGUAGAGAGACAGUUUUGGUCAUGCUACUGAUUGGAUCAAAGACUCAAAGUUGUAAACAGUGACUCUACUUAUUGAAUGAAGAAUUUUGCUCAUUUUUAUGUUA